AACUCAGAGCGUAGGCAGACUGCCGUCAGAACUAACCGAUAUUGUAUACACGUACAUCAAUAGGUACAUAUCAAAAACAUAUACAUAUACGGAACAACAUCGAACUAUAUAAACGUUAACUAUUGAUUGUCUUAAUCCUGACCGACAUACAGUGCUUGUGAAAGUAUAGGUGAUUAUCGUAACGUGUGUUGUCGAAGCCGAGUGCUGCGGUUGAGUGGCAGCGCGUGAAUGGAGGGACGCAGGAUCGAUAGAGCGGACUGCGCAGGCUCGUCGACGGCCCACAGCUGGCAGCUUCGCAUCCCACAUCAAAACGCUUCAACCCGCGCCAGUGUCUACUGUAAAGAACUAUAGUGCUUCCAAACGAUACACGGAUAUGUUCCGGCCCCUUCGACGGCUCUAAACGAUGUAAUGUACGGCCUGUCUUUGCGGCAGGCUCUGUGGGCGCUGGCGUUGAUAAACGCGCUGGCGCCCUCGCACGCCGAUGGUAACAUAGGUUGCUUGUUCAGCGCACCACUGUGUGUAGAGGGCGUAGAGUGGUGCUACGAUGAUUUCGCCUUUGGGAAAUGCAUUCCGGUUUACGAGGAAGAGUCAGAAGAAGGCGCGCUCUACCGUUACGACAUGGGUCCGGAGCAACUGCAAUGGUUCGAAGGAGAGUUGCAACGUCUUGCAGCACGCGGCUACCGCUGGGAGCACGCCUACACCCAGUGCGUUCUGCAAGCCAUGCUCCUCACACUACAACAGAACAUAGAUCUGAGCAACGUAAACACGAAGAUAUGUGAACAUUUCGCUGAUCCAACAUUGACUUCUGACACUUCUGAAAGUGAAAUUGUUAAUCCAGAAAUGGAACCAGAAGAGACAGCCUUUAUUCGUUAUACACCAAACGCUGCCGUCGGGGUUGACUCUGACUUUGCUAAUGAAAUUUACAACCCACCGAUCGUGCCAGAAGAUAACCCCAACAUAGGUGAUAUCGAAACGGAAACUCCCAGUGAUAAGCUACGAGACUUGAUGCUAAUGACGGACAAUGAAGAGUCUCCUGUUAUUUUACCAUUUAACGGCUUCAGAGAACGCCUUCAAGCUGAAGGAAAGGGUCGAACCAAAACAAACGUACAUCUAAACUUAAUCGACAAAGAAAAGAAAUCUGUGAAUGAAAUGAUGGCUCAAAACGAUCCUAAUAUCGGAUACACAGACGAGGAGCGUUUAGGUGCGCAUUUCCGUAAGUUUAAAAUGCCACCUAAGGCACUAGAAUAUUUCACUAAGGACGGCUUAUCAGCUCUCGACGAAGAAGUGCGUUCAAACGCAUACAAGAAUUACAUACAAAGUUUUGAAUCGAAAAAUUUUCCAUUUCAAUAUGAAGAUCCGUCCGAUAUUCCGGAAUCUCGGAUUUAUGACGAAGAUUUAGACGAAUUGCCUAUUGAUCCAGACAGCGGGGAGCUAGAUGCCUACCGUGCUAAAGGUAAGCCUCCAGGGUUUGAAGGGAAGCAUGGCAAAAAUAUGGAUCGUAACAUAGUGAAUUAUAUGCGAGAUAUGAUAAAAUCUAAACCAAAACAAGAUGCCAUCUACGCAGAAGGUGGCCCUUUGAAUCCUGAAGAAUUACAAGGCCCUUUAAAUUCAAGGAUAACGAGCCAGAAACAUUACUUACACCGGAAAGAUGGUGUUACAGAUACGGACGAUUUUUCAGGUGAAAAUUACAAAUUUUAUUCCGACGACUUGCAAGAUUUGCUUAAUAACGAAUGGGGCUUUAAGCGUAGGGAAAGAGAUGAUGUUAAAAAGCCCGGGCCGCGCUUGAAUGCGAAAGCGUUAAAGAUUUUAUACCACAAUAAUUCGGUGGCAGCUGAAGAUCCAGCUCAUACAUUAAAAAACAGCAAACAUACCGAACAUAACCAUAAUGAUUUUGAUUAUGAUCCGGCGUACGCCUACGUUUUACUUAAAAAUGGAUUACUCACCAAUUGGGCUAAAGGAAUUUCAUUUAUAUCGAAGAUUGAGGAAAUGUUGGGUCUGGAUAAAAACUCAUUCUCGAACCCGCGAGUUGACCUACGGGAAGUGACAUUCAAAGUGGAAAAAAAUAAUAAAGGCUACGAUGCUGUUGACGUUGCAAGGCGAGUUGAUGACAUCAAAGAUGAUCUAUUAAGAGAAACUGGAGCCCAGAUAAUUUCUACUGGAGUUGGUGACAGAAGCAAGCGUCCUAUAAUGCGUCAUGUAGCUUCUCCGGAUACUUUAAUUUUCGGCUUAGAGCUACCCGUUUUCCUGGCGUUAGUUGGAAGCUUUUCUGUUUUGGUCGUAGGCGCAAUUAUUUUCGCUAUUCUGUUGAAAAAAGACAUGUCCGGAAAGAAAAAAUCACAAGGCCUUUCAUCUGCAGCGGAAAUUGAUGCAGAGGCCACAAGAGAUUACCAGGAGCUAUGUAGAGCACGUAUGUCUGGGAAGUGGUCUGGCCAACAGACAGCAGCUAAUGCGUCAUCUAACCCCGCGGAGCCUGCCCAACGCAUCACGUCUUUGUCACGAGAACCCGAUGGAAACUCGCCUUCUACACGAUCCAGCACCUCUUCAUGGAGCGAAGAACCAGCUCUAACCAAUAUGGACAUUUCAACUGGUCACAUGGUCUUGGCAUAUAUGGAAGAUCACCUUCGCAACAAGGAUCGCUUGGAGCAGGAGUGGCGUGCUCUGUGCGCAUACGAGGCCGAACCCUGUGCUACAACUUCAGCUCUUAAGCCGGAGAAUAGUGCGAAAAACAGAUAUGCUGAUGUGCUUCCUUACGACCAUUCCAGGGUUAUUCUGAACACCUUAUCCAACCAUGUCGGAUCGGAUUACAUCAAUGCUUCGACAAUUACUGACCACGACCCACGCAAUCCUGCAUACAUCGCAUCAGCUGGACCACUCCCCCACACGGCACCUGAUUUCUGGCAGAUGGUCUGGGAGCAAGGCUCAGUUGUCAUGGUGAUGUUGACUCGACUUACGGAAAACGGACAACAACUGUGCCACCGCUAUUGGCCUGAGGAAGGAUCUGAACUUUACCACAUUUAUGAGGUACACCUUGUCAGCGAGCAUAUUUGGUGUGAUGACUACCUGGUUCGAAGCUUCUACCUGAAGAACCAACGUACCGGCGAGACCCGCACCGUCACCCAGUUCCAUUUCCUCUCGUGGCCUGAGAACGGAGUACCAGCGUCGACCAAAGCUCUGUUGGAAUUCAGGAGAAAGGUGAAUAAGUCUUACAGAGGAAGAUCUUGUCCAAUCGUAGUGCACUGCAGCGAUGGCGCCGGCCGCUCUGGAACGUACUGUCUGAUAGACAUGGUAUUGAACCGGAUGGCUAAAGGCGCUAAGGAGAUCGACAUCGCAGCCACUCUCGAGCAUAUCCGAGACCAGCGCACCCGCACUGUCGCUACUAAGCAGCAAUUUGAGUUUGUGCUGAUGGCGGUCGCUGAAGAGGUACACGCUAUUUUGAAAGCUUUACCUGCUCACCUGCAACAGCUGCAAGAGAAGAAAGACAAGGAGAAAGAAAAAGAGAAGGAGAAGGAGAAAGAAAAAGAUGGAACGGAAAAGAAACCCACUAACUAAAUGCAACGCCCACGCGAUCUCACGAUAAUGUCUAAAUUUUACUUUUAAUAAUAUUUAUGAUGUGUAAUGGAUUAGGAUUAUUGAUGUUGCAUAGCCUCUGUGUUGAUAAUUUAUUUUAAAGCACUAUUAAUAUAUUGAAAUAUAUAAUUUAAAUACGUUAAAAAGGUUCUAUCUGAUAAAAAAGAAUUUAAGAAAAUUUUAAUACAAAUUCUCAAGUGGUUUUCCAUUCGCAAUGGCAGCAGCCUUCAACUCGAGCAUUUAUUUUUGUAAAUGUGCUCUUUUAAGAGUUAUAUUUUCUAUAAAACUGUUUAUUAAUUCUAUAAAACCUAUUAACAUUAAAUAUAUAUUAUCUAUGAAUGUAUUUAUACGCUUGUAUGUUUUCGUUGAAAAUUUAUGUUUAUUAUUUUAGAAGUAUUUUAGUAGUUGUUUGGAUUUAUAAUUUAUUCGUGCAAUAUGGAUUAUGGAAGAGAAAACCGCACUAAAUUUUAUCAUAUAAGUACAUAAUCUCUAUGAAUCUUCGAAUACCUACCUCCCUAUCGAUAAAUAUUCAUAUACUGAAUUUUACCAAUGUUUCAAAAUAUCGAUCCAAAAAUAAUUUAUUUACAGGAAGAUAUUUAAAAUCCGCAAAGUUUUAAUAACAAAAAAGUAUUUAUUGGUCUUAGAUCUAACUAGUCAAAAUGAUUCUAGUCAUUAAUAAAAUACCAAACCAAACAUUAACUUAUCAUAUUUUGUUAAUAAACAAAACCAUAUUUAAUGUCGUUCUGAAAGUCUGUGAGUACUAAGUACCUAACAAUACAGUUAAGGGACGAUACUGCAUGAUUUCAAAUAUUUAAAAAUAUACUGCAACAAUCAAAUAUAUCCUAAAUAAUCCUAAUAAUCUUAUACCGGUUGUAAAGUAAUCGCUCUGGAAGCCGUGAUGGUAAUUUUCUCUAGGCGUUUACUAGAUAAAAGAAAAUAAUAAUUAUUUGAUAAAUAAUAAUGAAAUAAUGCAAUCUUUAAUUGGGUCUUCAUAUUUUGUGAAACCGUAAUGUCAAAGCAUCAUGAAUUCGAAAAAACGUGACCGCUUUCUGAUCUUUUGAUCAUAAAAAAGUAUUAGAAUUAUUAUACUGUUGAUGCUACUAAAAAUACCAUUAGCAAUUUUAUAAAUUUCAGCUUCUGGAGCGAUUACCGUGGCCACAUACUGUAGAUACAUUGAACUUAAAAUUUUUGCUUUAAAACUUUCCGUAAAAACCUUUGAUAGUUGUUACUGAAUGAAAUAUUAUGUCUCAAAACGUAUAAUGAUAUAUUUAUGUAACUAGAACUAAGGGAACCUUCACAAUCAUAUCCUGAUCAAACUGAAUACCUGAUAACGAUAAAAUCUUAAAUUAUAACUCGAAGUUAAUAUUUACUGACUGUAGCUAACUGUAGCAGAGUACUCAAACAAUUGUUAUUAUGAAUGAAAUUUAUAUAAAAAUAAUAUUUAUUGCGUAUUAUUGAGAAAAAAAAUGUAAAAAAAAAAUAAUCACGAAAUUGUCAAUGUAGUUUUUAGAUUUUAAGAGAAAAAUAUAUUUAACCGUAUUUCUGUAUGAAAUUAUAUGUAGUUUUUAUGUGGAUGAAUUGAA